AUGGAAUCAACCAAAUCCUUUUACAUUAGGAAUCUAUUGGGUGACAUAAUAGGCGAUCGACAAUCAGAAACAGAGGACGACGAAAAUAGUGAAAUUGAUAUAGAAGAUCGAUCGUCUCCCGAUUCUUGUAUAAUUGGCCCUCUUCUCCCUUUCAAUAGUAAUGUCGAUAGUAGCAAUAACAACAUUGGAGAGUCAACUGGACCAAGCAUACACAUACAACCAGGGUUGAUUAUAAAAACCGGACGAAAGCCCCGCCGGCGAAGAACAGCCUUUACGCAUUCGCAAUUAGCUUAUCUAGAACGAAAGUUCAGAUGUCAAAAAUAUUUAUCAGUGGCAGAUAGAAGCGAUGUUGCGGAUGCGCUUAACCUUUCCGAAACUCAGGUUAAAACGUGGUAUCAAAAUAGACGCACCAAAUGGAAAAGACAGAACCAACUACGCCUGGAGCAGCUACGUCAUCAAGCAUCUUUGGAGAAGGAUCUGCUCAUUGGUUCAGUUGCUGUUUCAACUAAUCUACAGUGCUGUCCAACCCCAUCCACGUUGUCAGUGUCCACGGCAUUUGUUCCAUCUAAUCCGUGCAAUUUUCUAACGUCCGCAGCCGCAGCCGCAGUGAUCUUUCGCAAUGUUAGCUAUGCGCACGGUUGUCCAAUGUGAAUUUGCCAUAAGACUAACCUGGAAGGGGUGAAAUCGUGUAACUCUGGGACGAAAAACUGUAAAAUAAUUUGUAAAAA